ACCGUUCAGAAGACGAAUGUCGCUCGAAUUGCAAAAUGAAACGUAUUGUUUUGAGUAUUUCAUUCAAAAUUAAUGUAACGGGUGCUUUAUGUUACUGUUUCACUGGUUUUUUUACCUCUCAAUUAUCAAUUUAAUUAUCCAGUGCUGCCAAACUUGUCAUUUGUCGCAAGGCGCGAGAUGGCGAUACAGCAUCCGUAGAACUCGUAAAAUCACGCACAAUUUUGCAUAGCAACCAUCUGUAGUAGCCUUGGAGAUGCGGUUGCCAUGCAGCUACCCACCGACAGUUCUCGGUGUUUCCCGUCUCGGAGUGUCUCGGUCAUUUUUGUCGGUGUCCUGAACGCUUCGGACGUGUGCAGAUCUUUCGCGGAAAAGAAAUCCGGUACAUACACAAAGUUAGUAGUGCUGUGCAGUAUCCAUCGGAAGGGAAAAAGAUGAAUUCCAACUUUAUAGACCAAGCUCGUUCUUGCGUUUGUAAGGAACGUAGCCAAAUGCAAAUGUUUCCUGUUCCGCCUCCAUCAAUUCCACAACAACCGAUUCAUCAUCACUCUCAUUCAAGAAUGAAGCAAUACCCGUCCGUGCCACUGUUGAUGGUUCGAGCUCCGACGCCUCCGAUGUGGGUCUACGGCGUGCCCAGACCGUUGGAACAGAUGCAUUGCCAUUUUUCGUACUCAUCCGGCAUCGCCAUGUCGUCAUCGCAAAGCAACCAUGUCCAAGCCGCUAUUGGUCAGUCGCCGUCGUCAUCGGUUACUUCGACGUUCGAAUUUAAGGUAUCGAGUGUCAUUGCAAGCAAUCCUUCUGAAGCAAUGAAGUCUGCUUUGGUCCCCGAGCGUGUGACAAUGACAAAAGCUCCAGAAGCUACAUCGGCAUCAUGCAGUUUGGGCAAAACCACUUCCACUCCGGAUCAGUUUCUCGAACAGUUUCACGAGCUGGUAAAGACAGCCCUGGACGGUUGCAAAAAGGCGGAAGCGCUUGCCACGUGCCACCAGAAACGUCCCUGCUUUAAGAAGAUCGACAGCCUGUGCGCCCGGCUGAAACAGGAUCUGGUGAAAACGGACAAUGUGAUGUCGAACAUCAACUCGCAAGGGCUUGCCUGGGCGGUGAAAGACUUUAUCUUUGUGUUCACCAGAAUCAUGAAUGCUUGGAUCAUCAUCAAGGGCUACGUGCACAGCAAACCGGAAGGCUUGACAUCGAUCCAGCGCGAGCUGUGCCCGAACUUCCUGGAAGCGUUCGGGCGGUGGCACGAGACGACGCACGAGCUGAUCCAAUCGCUCAUCAAAUCGUUUACCAACCUGAACAAGCUGGCCAAGCAACAGCGCGGCGGGUGUAACAUUUUCUCCAAAGUCGAAGACUUCAAAGACGAUGCAAACCAAGGCUCGAACGAAGCUUUGGACGAUAUUGAGGAGGCUGCUGAAUCGACGCUCAACUUGAGUGAAGGUGCGUACAUACGGGCAGGCAUUUACCCGAACGUAACCUGCCCUCCGCCCGGGUUUGCGGACAACUCACCACCACCACCGUUCGCUGGGUACAAGAAACCACAGCAGACCAAAACGCCACUUGUCGGUGAUCGCGGUCAAACAACGGAUUCUGCGUUUGCAUCUGCUGCAUCAGCGGUAGGAUUUAAUCGUCCAGAAUAUAAUGCUGAUCCCGGUGCCGCUACAUCAAAUGUUCAAAGAAGCGAGUGUAUGACAAGCUCUGCCGAUCGUCAGUUUAUGGAAAAUUUCCAUCGCAAAACAUCGCUAGAAUGUAUCGACUGGGUGUUGGACGAAGUUCGUGCCAUUGAGGAGGGGCAGUAUUUCUACAGCAUCAACUUUGCGAAAAACUAUUUUCCCGAUUUUCACCUGGUAGGAUCGAACAUGAUAGAUCUGCGUACGGUCUACCGGAAGCACGAUGCGGGCCGCUACGCGAUGACGGUUGAGCUGCUCGAUGAUCUGCACCAGAUAGUCGAUACGUGCAAACAGUACGCGAACGCCUCGACAGCGUUCGAUCUGUGGAAUCCAAACGAACCGAUACAGCAAGACCUUUGCAGCGAUACACAGCGGAAGGAAAUGGAAAAUUUUCCCAAAAUGCAAACGUUCAUUGCCAAGAUGGAACGUCUGUUUGCCGCCAUCCGGAAGGAGCGUCCGAUGGAGUAGAAUCGUGAAUCGAUCAACGCAUCAACGCAAAAUUAUUCCCUGGACAGUACGGUAGGAACUUCGCAGCGGUUUGCUUAGGUAGAGUGGGAUGAUUAGCGACUUAGUUUUUCUUUUGACUGUCAUAAACCAGAACUAAGACUGAGCGCUGACGAUUUGAAAACACUGCUUGUAACACAUGAUCAACAGCAUUUCAUAUCUGAGCUAUUACAGGCAGUAUUAAAUUAAUUGUUAGAAUAUAGUAUUUAUUAACGAGCACUCACUUCAAUUAUAAUUAUUGAGUCAGGAAACAUCAGAAGAGAAGCUUUAUAAUAUGAUCUACCAUAUCAGUAAAUUACCUCUGUUAAUUUAUAGUUAAUUCGUUAAUCUAUGUUCUCAUUCAUUACUUGAUUGUUAAAUUAAACAAUUGUUGACUUUAAAACAUGACUCUAACCUACUGCAUUUUUUUUAACAAUUCAAUGACAAAUCACGCAUCUUUAACACUACCUACGCGAAAGACGUGAUUAGGGAUAAAUUCACAGUGACGGCGAAGACCGUUGUCGAUACUGAAACGUGUUAAUAGGUGGACAACUGGUCGAUAGCUGUGUCGUUGUUUUGAACGAUUUUAGCUCUGGUUCGAUUAUCACCAGCGAUUUGCUAAUGAGCAUAAGCAAGUUCGAUUGUAUGGCAAAACUGUGACAAGCCAUUGCUUACGAACCAGCUUUCUAUUAGCAACUGAUUCUGCUAAUGCUUUGCAAGGUUUAUGCCAGUUCAGCAGCAUGAUGGAUAGGCAACGGACCAUCGCAGAUUGAUUCGUGAUGUGCUUUGUGUGGAUGUAAGAUUAAUCCAAUAAGAAAUCAUCUCAAUUAACACAUGCACGCUUCGACAGCGCGCUAUGGGAUUUACACAAAUUCAAUUAGAAUAUCGCUUGCCAAGCGAAACUAGUCAAGACACCCGAGAAGACUUCUUUUAAAAACGGAAUCUCAAACAUCAAAUCUAACGUUCCUUCUGUGUGAUAACGAGUAAUUUACCUCCCCCCAUCCUUUCUCAGCUCAAAAACAUACUCGCAAAGGCGAGAGAGCCAGUGUGAGAGUGUGAACUUCACGACAAAACUCUGACAGUACCCAGGAGAGCACGAGAUCGCGUUAGGACGGUUCUCCGAGCGGGCCAAGGUGGGGAGGGAAAGCUCAUUAGCUCGCGCCACUUGCUGCUGCAACCUUUGUAACAGCAUAGUGGCCAUAUUGGCACAUUUCGUCGUGACUCGUGCCAGUGUACGGUUGUUGUGUCCCGCGUCUUGUGGCAGCUUCUCUCAAGGUUCGUGGAGUUCCCGUUCUGUGCCCCUUCGGCCGGUUAACGUGAAGUAGUUACGCAAGGCAGGCAGGUGAAAGCAGCCA